AUGUCCAAAUUCUUCCCCAACCAAAAACUAACCCUAAUCUACAUCUCCCCAGGCCUCAUCUUCAUCAUCCCCAAGGCCGACAUCUGCGUCUUCGAAACCAGCGAGGGCAAGAUCGACAUCUGGAAGAACACAACCGAGCACAACAGGCAGCGUCUCGCGCUUGUGAACCAGAAACGCAUCAUGGGCAUGUACGCGCUGUGGCAGCAUCCGAUUAAAGAGGUCCGCAACGUGACCGAGGACCUUCGCGGGAUUACUCUCUCCAGCUUGCACGGCGGGACAGUUCUUGCUGAGGGGUGGGAGGUCAAGAAUGAUGGAGGCCUUGGUGCUCUGGAGGUGAUCAGGAAAGCUGUGGUUGAGAGGGAGAGGUUUUGGUAUAGGGAUUUGCCCCUGUUGGAGGAGGUCGGGUUUAGGGUUGAUGAGAGGGCUGUUUUGGCGCUGGUUGACAGGUCGGGACAUACGAGGUUUCGGGGAUAG